UUGCGAGGCUUCAAAGAACUACAACUCCCAGCGCCCCACCGCGGUGGGGCGGGGUUGAGUCAGAACCCCAAAGCCAGGCCGGGAAACUACAACUCCCAGGGCGUUCAGAAGCAUUGCAGCUGAACUACGGGAAGCGGCGGGCAGAGGCCGGCAGUAAAAACUCGGGGAUCUGGGUGCAAAAGCCCAGGGUUAGGAGCUGCAGGCAUGCUGCGUCCCAAGGCUUUGACCCAGGUGCUAAGCCAAGCCAACACUGGAGGUGUCCAGAGCACCCUGCUGCUGAAUAACGAGGGAUCUCUGCUGGCCUACUCUGGUUAUGGAGAUACGGACGCCCGGGUCACGGCGGCCAUUGCCAGUAACAUCUGGGCGGCCUACGACCGGAAUGGGAACCAAGCGUUUAAUGAAGACAAUCUCAAAUUCAUCCUCAUGGACUGCAUGGAGGGCCGUGUAGCCAUCACUCGAGUGGCCAAUCUUCUACUGUGUAUGUACGCCAAGGAGACUGUUGGCUUCGGAAUGCUCAAAGCCAAGGCCCAGGCCUUGGUGCAGUACCUGGAGGAGCCUCUCACCCAAGUAGCGGCAUCGUAAUGGGCGUUGGUGGAAGCAGGGGUCAGAAAAGACAGAUGACUAUUUGAAGGGGCAGGGCCCCCUGAGAAAACCUACCUGGACUGUGGGGGGAGGGUGGAACUUUGUUUUUCCCACGAAUAAACUUCAACUCCUGUCUG